UGUGUGAGGGACGAUGUCCAGAGAGGAGCACAGCAUGUCUGAUGAGGAGCUCAGUCCUGGGACGUCUGACGACAGCCGCUCUCUGUCACCGGGUCAGUCCUCCGGGGCCGCCGGCGGGGGGGAUUCUCCACUCGGGCGGCAACAGGAGUCUCAGCUCGUCGGUGUUGACGACACGUCGGCCGGUUGCUCCUCGCUGAAAUCCGACGAUGAGGACGAACGUUUCCCUGCAGGGAUCCAGGAGGCGGUGAGCCAGGUGCUCAACUGCUACGACUGGACCCUCGUGCCCAUGCCGGUGCGCGUCAACAGCGGGAACAAGAACAAGCCGCACGUGAAGAGACCCAUGAACGCCUUUAUGGUGUGGGCUCAGGCCGCCCGCAGGAAGCUGGCUGACCAACACCCACACCUGCACAACGCCGAGCUCAGCAAGACCCUGGGCAAGCUGUGGAGGCUUCUGAACGAGAGCGACAAGCGUCCGUUCAUCGAGGAGGCCGAGCGGCUGAGGAAGCAGCACAAGAAGGACUAUCCGGACUACAAGUACCAACCGAGACGCCGCAAGAACGGGAAGCCCGGUUGUGGAUCAGGGAGUGAGGCCGAUUGCCAUUCGGAGGGUGAGGUCAGCCACAGCCAAUCCCACUACAAGGGCCUCCAACUGGAAGUGGCCCUGAGUGGGGGGGCUCGGUCCCCCCUGGCAGAGGGGCACCACCAUCAUGCUGCAGGUCACAGCCCUCCCACGCCCCCCACCACACCAAAGACUGAGCCUCAGUCUGUGAAGGUGGGGGAUGGUAAACAGGAGGUUUCGGGGAACAUGGGUUCCCGAGGUGCGAUGGGAGCGGAGGGCGGUUCAGGAUCUGCAGGAUCUGGAGGAUCUGGGAAACCUCACAUCGACUUUGGUAACGUGGACAUUGGUGAGAUGAGCCAUGAGGUGAUGGCCAACAUGGAGCCAUUCGAUGUCAAUGAGUUUGACCAGUACCUGCCCCCCAAUGGACACCCGGGGCAGAGUGCCGGGGCAGGAGCAGCUGCCGCGGCAUCUCCAGCCUCGCCGUACACCUACGGCAUCUCGUCAGCUCUGGCAGCGGCCAGCGGACACUCGGCAGCCUGGCUCUCUAAGCAGCAGCAUCACAGCCACACCCCCCCUCUGAACUCAGACCCCUCCAAGGCUCAGAUUAAGAGCGAGGUGGGAGGAGGAGCUGGUCACUUCUCAGAGGCUUCCUCAGCCGGUUCCCAUGUGACCUACACCCCCCUCAGCCUCCCUCACUACAGCUCCGCCUUCCCCUCUCUGGCCUCCAGGGCUCAGUUUGCUGAAUACGCGGACCAUCAGGCCUCAGGGUCUUAUUACACCCACUCCAGCCAGGCCACCAGCCUGUACUCUGCCUUCUCCUACAUGGGACCCUCCCAGAGGCCCCUGUACUCCGCCAUCACUGAUGGGGCCAGCAUCCCACAGCCCCACAGCCCCCCCCACUGGGAGCAGCCCGUCUACACAACACUGUCGCGGCCAUGACAGACAACGAGACCAGCGGGCCCUGGUGCAGGUUCAGCCCCCAUGUCAGACCCCAGGACCAGCUGCAGCGGCAUCAGUGUUGGUGGGAUCGGUGGGUAUGGCGGUCUGGGCCGGGGGAAGUGGGCCAGCACUGGGAGGGUAGGCUGGGGCGGCAGGAGGGAAGACACUCCAUGCUGCUCUCGCCCAGAGGCUGAAGGUCUGACCCAGCUCCAAGACGAGUUUGGAUCAGGUUGGUUUUGAAGCGUGGUCGAUGAUUCGGGGCACAGAGAAUAGAAUUUAGAGAAUGUACUUCUUUGGUGGUCCAGGAUAAAACCCCCUCCCACCUCCAGGACUGAGCCUCUGGUGCUCCCAACACAUGAAGUGUUCACAAGCGGUUUGGAUCAGGUCCCUGAGUGCGUAUCAGUUGAGGCUCAUUGUGGUCUCCUUCAGUCCCUAAGGGGGCGGUCGAGACAAGGACCUAGGACUGGUACCAUACCCGGAUUUAUACUUUGAUAUGACUCUUAAAACCAAACAAUAUGGACCCAAAACCCAACAAUCUACUGCAAACUGUCUGAUUGUAUUCCUUUGUGUAAUGUUGAGACAGUUCUGUCUCGUGGUGUAGAAUAAGUAUUUUAAAAUGUGGACGACCUAACAGCGACCAGGUUCCACAUGAAGGGUCGGACUGAGACAGAGCUAAAGUCCUUGUUCUUUCACAUCUCAGGCAAGAAUGACCUUCAGUCGAACACGUCGGUCGUUACUAAGAAUAAAUCCAGUUUUCAGAGGCACGUGUGUUCACCUGAAACGCCUUUUCUACAUAAAAUGAAACCUGGUGGAAGAAAACGAUGGCGAGGUUUCGUUAGAUGUUUCAUGUUUCUGAAGUUUCAGGAGAGUUUAUACGACAUGAAAUGAAAAAGAUGUUUUUAUGAUGAAUAAAUAUUUGAGCUUUUUAUGAAACGACCAAAGUUUAGAAACCAAAACUCAGAGAAGAAAGGUCCGACUUCCUGACGAUGUGUAGCCUUUACUUUGAACUGUCCUCGUUAUUUUAAUGAGACUCAUGUUGACUUUGAUGGACCGCUGUCAAAACACUUUUUGUCCUUUUUACGCGACACCACGGAUAUGUGUGGUAGUCUGUUGUAUUUCAUGUAAAGACGUGAAGACGAGUUCAUAUUCUCUCUGGUAGCAGAGUUCAUGAUAUGAACUGUAUUCUUACUGUUUUAACUCCAAAUAUCAUAUCUACUGAAAGCUGCCUCUUCUUUCUUUUGUUUGAAUCAUGUUUUUAAAAAGUCUUAAAUGUCUUUGGAUUGAAGCAGAGAAGAAUCUCCUGAAGCUUCUAACAGAUCAAAUUUAAACCCGGACUAAUGUUCAAACACAAAAUUAAUGAGGGAAGAGCUGAAUUCCUCGAGUAGCCACUAGAGACUACAAAAAUCCCCCCUCCUCUCUAGAGUGGAUGCUCACUCAGGUCACCAUGUGGUGGACUCUGAAGCUUCAGUGUUUAUCCA